AGAAAGAAAGAAAGAAAGAAAGAAAGAAAGAAAGAAACAAAGAAAGAAACAAAGAAAGAAAGAAACAAAGAAAGAAAGAAACAAAGAAAGGAUGCUUCACUCUCCAAUGAAUCCUUAAAACAAAUGAGAUUCAGGUCACCGUUUUAUGGUUUUAUUACAAAAAGCCUUUCAAUUCAACGAGGUACGACUUUAUAUGAUCAAAAUAAAGAAGACAAAAUAAGGAUUAGGAUUUAAUAGAUUUUAGAAACCCCACACCAGCUUCCCUGUGGCGCCUUACUGCAGUAAAGGACGGCAUUGGAGCGCCCCUCUGUGGUUGGUAAAUGAAGUGCAGUAGAAAAUGCAACCUAUUUACUGAAACUGAAACAACCUAUUUAACCUUAAAUAACCACAAGCAACACACAUACUGAGUCUAAAAAAACCCCAAACAAAACAACAACUUUACAGAGUUUAUAUAUUUCUACCAUAAAUUUAUUAUAAAGAUCUGAAUAGAUGAGACAACACUUUAGUUGUCUUUGUAGAGAGAACAUUAAGGGAGAGAACAUUAAAGCCUCUCUGAUCAAGAGUCCUCAUCUGAUAAUGCCCAACGACUCAAAAUGAGCCAUCUGAGUAUUGAAGAAGUGAGAAUGAUCAUUAUGCACCAGCUAGGGUUUCAGAGUGGGUGUUGGGUUAUAUUUUGGGUUGACUUCCUGUUAAGUUUCUUUUUCUUUGAAAGAGAUCAACGAUGUGGAGCUUUCAGAAACUGUUCUUCACUCUGUGUUCAGCUCUGAGCUGUGUGUGCAGCGCUGCAGAUUUGAUCCAUGUGUUUGGAUACGAAGGUACAGGUGUGCAGAUUUCCUGCUCAUAUCCUGAGGGUUAUGAGACUUAUGAAAAGUACCUGUGUAGGAACGACUGCGCGGACGAAGACGUCCUUAUUACAACAUCACAAACAAAUAAACCCAGACACUCCAUCCAUGAUGAGAGAACGACAAGAAUCUUCACAACAACAAUUUCUAACCUUCAGUCAGCCGACGCUGGGACAUAUUGGUGUGGAGUGUCAAAGAAUGGAAAAGAUCUCUACACCGAGGUAAAACUAGAAACAAAACAAGAUGGAUGCUGCAGCACGGUGAACAAUAUCCAGGGUAACGAAGGCGGCUCAGUGACCAUCAGCUGUCCGUACGACUCUCAGUCUGUCGACAAGCUGAAGUUCCUCUGCAGAGGAAACCGACCCUCCACUUGUCUUCAGCAGGCAGUGAUCACCUCUAGCAACACACAAAAUGGACGAUUCAGACUCUCUGAUGACAGGAAGUCAACAAUAUUCACAGUGACCAUUUCCAGUCUGACCCUGGAGGAUUCUGGGUCGUAUCUUUGUGGAGUCCAGAGAAACUCAGGAUUUGAUGAUUUCUCUGCUGUUGAGCUGGAGGUCAAAGAAUGGUGCUGUGUGACGUCAAAGACAAUUAGAGAAACUGCAGGACAUGAAGUAACCUUGCAGUGCCCUUAUCCGCCUAAUCACCGAAACAACAGGAAGUUCCUCUGCAAAGGAAGUCAACGCAGCAACUGCACAGACGUGAUGAAGGGUCAAAGCAGAUUCUUAGUGCACAGUGAUUUCUCCGAGUCUUUCUCCGUUAAAAUCACCCAGCUGGAAGCAGGAGAUACCGGAACGUACUGGUGCUGCGUUCAGAGCCCGAGGAACGCC